GAAGCACACACGCUUCGAGCAGCAGAGAUGAUGUGGAGAGAAGAUGUCAGCAGCUGCAAACUCAAGUGCAUCAGAUGGAACAGUUCCUCGAUGAUUACGGGCUGAUCUGGGUCGGGGAUGACGUCGGCGGUUCAGCUGAGCUCGAGCAGACUCACGGCUCGGAUGAAGACCUCUGGCAGAGAGGCACGCCUGAUGACAGGGGCUUCCAGAUGAACUUCGACCUCGUGCUGUGGAGGAUCAAGGAGCUGAACUUCCUCGUGGGGGAAGGAGAGACUUUUGUACAGGCGACGACAAGGGGAGCAAAACUGGCCCGAAAGGAUCCGGUUCAGCUGAGGCUCUACGGCAACGGCAUACUGAUGUUCGAUGGUCCUUUCCGCUCCUAUCAGGAGCGCAGCACCCAGCGGUGCCUGCAGGACAUCAUGGACGGCUAUUUCCCAUCGGAGCUCCGUGGCAGGUUUCCAGACGGCGUGCCUUUCCAGGUUCACGACAGGCGACACGAGACGUUUAUCCACCGACUGCCGUGGGAAACAUUUCCAGGUGAAGGGCGGCGAGUUUGUGAGGAGAGUGACAAGUCGACAAACCCUGACAGGUUUCAGCUCCCAGGGCAGAGGAGGACUACGGAUCAGCUCCUGAACAAGAUGCCAGGUCAGGUGAUAGACAUUCGAAACUCACUGAGGACAACUCUGCAGGGUUCAUCGGAUUCUCAGAUCAGCAGCUCAGAGAUUCUCAUAGACACACCAGCGCUACAAGCAACCACAGACAGAGGACAGGUGAGCGACAAACCCCCUCCUGAAUCCACCGUCACGCUCAAGGUGCGGUCAGAAAACGGGGACCGGACCUACAGAGUGAAAAUGUGGCUCUCAGAGACGCUGGGGGACCUGAGGGGCUACCUGGACCAACACAGAGGGCCAGGCGGGUCGGGUUAUGACAUCAUCAGCGCGUACCCCCGACACAGCUUCAGGAGUGGCGAKCGGACGCUGCGGUCGUGUGGACUUUCAGCCAACUCUACCCUGCUGCUGCGAGAGAGGAAGCGCACAAGUCAAUAAAAACGAYACGCUUCUGCUCUGCAGUUCUGCCAGAGUCGUGAAAUAAAACACAUUAUUAUUAUUAUCAUGAA